UUCAACUUCACUGUCGAGCACAUCAAGGGAACCCAGAAUGUGAUAGUGGAUGCCUUGUCACGAAAGGACUCUGGGUAGUGGGUCCUCUGGACUCAGGACUAAUGAAAAGAUCACUAGUGUAAGACUGCCCAUCAGGUUUUAUGGUUUCUGUAUGUUAUUGUUAUAACUCGUUUCAGGUUUUAGGUUUUUGUUUUUUUGUUUUUUUCUCUUCUUCUGGAAUCCCGUGGGAACUCCCUGACCCAACACGCCCGGACACACGGCCCUGAGAGGCCCCGUGUCCGAGCUUAUAAAGGAGCGGGGAGGAAGCGUGGCAGAAAUGCCACCGUCUGUGUCCCUCUCCAGAACUCUGUCUCUGCCAGCGCGAGAGGCUGGUGUUGAAUUCCCCAGGGCGGGGGAUCACAAAAGCCUGGUGCCUCGGGUGUGGAUUCUCUGGUCACCUGGGGACGGGGAGGGAAAAGCCCCGCUCACCGGCCCAGGUAGCCAGUGAUGCUUUUUAAAUUGGUUGGCUAGUGGCCAGCACUGGCAGCUUCAAUUGGACCGGGCUGCUGAGGUCAGGAAGGUUAUUUAAAGGCCUGGUCCAGGAAGAAGGCAGCCAUUAGCCAUGCGGUCAUCCUGGUGAAUCUGAAACUGGGAGAGGAGCUUCACCAUCUGAAACUGGCUCUGUCCUCAUAACCGCAUGCUCCAAGAGUGCCCUGCCUCCCGGGGAAAACUCCAACCACGUCUGGAUGAUGCGUGUGAGUAAGCUACUCGAGAUCCGACUAGAUAUUUAGCUUACAGUAACUCAGAUGUGUGAUCAAAAGGCUACCUCAGCCUUGCUGGUUUGCUCUAUGGGAUCCCUCUGAUAUUCCUCUGAUACUUCCAUGAUACUGCUCUACCUUUUACCCUUAUUUCACCCUACCCCCUGAAUCAAUAAAGUUCUCCUUGUGACCGCUGUGGGAGACUUAUGCUUUGAGGGGUGGGUCUAAAUUAUGCCGAGGAGGCCCCAUAUGUCUGUGGACUAAGGGAGACCUUCCUAUUAAGCCCCUGACUUGGGGAAGUGCCCCAAGUGCCUGUAUUGGGUCAUCUAGUUCCCAUUGGACGAUCAGGCCUGUGUUUUCCAAGGUGCGCAGAGCCAGACUUGAGUCCAGAGCCUUGGAUGGUGGCAGCGGGAACCCCAGGCUAGCGGGUGUGCUCCAGGGAAGGGGUCGGCCGGACGGGAGGCACCCCAGGGAGGCACUCGGAGCCUGGAAGGUGGUUGGGCGCAGGGAGGUGGGCGGCUCAAUGCAGGAGUGCCCCCUACUGGCCCGCCACAACCUCCCUCUUCAGUGUUUCUCUCUGGUGCCCCGUGCACCUGGCACAAAGUCCCUGAUAAGACCCAGCCACCUACUACGGGGGCGGUAGUAGCCGAGGAGACAGCAGAGGGGGCAGCAGCAGCUGAUUCCCCCUAAGGUAAGUGGGGCACAGGGUCAAGCGCAGCUGAGGCGGAUCCGAAGGGGAAGCCCUUCGGAGCCCUCUUAGUUCGCCCGACAGGGAGCCGCGCUCCCGAGCCGCGCGCAGGCAGUGCGCAAACAGGCGCGCUCUGUAAGGGCGCGCUGGCGUUUGUGCCAGCGUUCGCGUAAGGCGGGCAUGAGGUAGCAUCGCGGAGGGGCACCUCCAGCAAGCGGAAUGCCGCUGCCAGGGGCCUCGCCCUGGCGCUGCCGCCUGCCAUGGGCUCUUCUGAGGCCUCCACCCAGACGGAGCUCAUGGCGGGGUCGGCAGCCCCUUGCCCCCCUGUCUGUGGAAGGGGCUCAGUGGGGUCCUGGGGGUGGGCCUGGUGGUCCCCCUGCCUGUCCCUCCUGUGCCCGGCUUGGGGCCCUGGAGGAGCAGGUGAGGGAGCUCCAGGCUGAGAUGAGCAGGCUGAGGGGGAUCAGGGAUGCAGAGGACGAAAUGGAUGCCUAUCUCUGUUCUCUGCAGGCCGGGUGCCUGCUCCACAGCCCCCACAGGAGACGCAUCUAAUACAGGAGUGGCAGAAGGUGUCCCGAUCCAGAGCUGCUCGGCCUAGAGUGGUGGCAGCUCCCCAGGUACACCUGGCAAACAGGUUCGAGGCCCUGGCAGCUGUGACGGAGGAAGACAGAGCAAGUGCCUCUGGCGGGGAUGAUGCCACUCCCCACGCGACAAGGAAUGGGCAGGGAUCGAACACCGGCAAGAAGAAACACCGGGUCCUCGUCAUCAGAGACUCCAUCCUACGAGGGCUGGAAGGUCCCAUCUGCCGGCCUGACCCCAUGACGCGGGAGGUCUGCGUCAUGCCUGGGGCUCGGGUUUGGGACAUCACGGAGAGGAUCCCGGCCUACAUCCGACCUGCAGACUGGUACCCCAUGGUUGUCAUCCAUGUGGGAAUGAAUGACGUGGCCAGGGGAAACCCUAACCACAUUAGGAAGGACUUCAAGGCUCUGGGGGCCAAGCUUAAGGAGACGGGGGCGCAGGUGGUAUUCUCCUCUCUUCUUCCGGUGAGUAGGCAGGGACGGCAACAGGAGGCCUGCGUUGGCGAGGUCAACCGGCGCUUAUGGAGUUGGUGCUACCAGGCGGGCCUUGGGAUCCUAGAUAACGACCCAUGCUUUCGGGCGGGGGACUUGCUGGGGCGGGAUGGGCUUCACCUCUCUCCUAAAGGCAAGCGUGUCUUCUCUUCCAGGUUGGCUGAACUCGUACGGCAAGCUUUAAACUAGCCUCGCCAGGGGAGGGGGCCGCAGGAAGAUGUGGAGACACCACCCGAGCAAGAUAGGUGACACGUACAAGGAGUGCCCAGCUAAGACACAGGGGUCCAGAUAAUCUUCCUAAUCGGGGGGUGGCAUGCGCAGCUACGCAAGGCCUUAAAUGCCUGUAUACCAAUGCUCAUAGUAUGGGGAACAAACAGGAGGAACUCGCCCUCAGAAUAGCCUGUUCAAACCCAGACAUAGCAGGGCUUACAGAAACGUGGUGGGAUUCAUCCCACGACUGGGCAGUUAGCAUUAGGGGCUAUUGGCUCUACAGGCAGGAUAGAGAAGGAAGGAAGCGGGGUGUGGCACUCUAUGUCAAAGAGCAAUACACAUCCUCUGCCAGCAAAAUGGGGCCAGAGGAGGGGCAAGCUGAAGUGCUCUGGGUCAAGAUACAAGGGGGUCGUGGGGAGAGGGAUUUAACGGUGGGGGUCUACUACAGACCCCCCAACCAAGGGAAGGAGCUGGACCGGGAAUUUUUGGGCCAGCUUGCAGAGGCACUUAAGGCAAGGGAUGUAGUUGUCAUGGGUGAUCUAAAUUACCUGGACAUCUGCUGGGAGGAGCAGUCAGCCAGGUCGGACCGUUCCAGGAGGUUCCUGGCCGAGAUACAGGAUCUCCACUUAACCCAGGAGGUGCACGGUCCCACCAGAGGAAAUGCCCUGUUGGACCUGGUCCUGGCCACAGGCAAUGAUCUGGUAAGGGGGCUCCAGGUCCUUGACCACCUGGGUGAUAGUGAUCAUCGCUUGCUGGAAUUCAUCAUCCAGCGCAGGGUGGCAAGGGCCUGCAGCAAGGCGGUAGCCCUAGACUUUAAGAGGGCCAGCUUCAACGAGUUGAGGAGAUUGGUGAGAGAGGUGCUGGGGUUCUUGAGGGCAGGGGAACUCAGUGCCCAAGAUGAGUGGUCGUUCCUUAAAGAGACGAUACUCAGGGCCCAAGGGUGACGAUCCCAACAAGAAGCAAGGGAGACAAGAGUGCCCAAAAGGCCCCCUGGCUCACCAAGGACGUCCAGGAAUGCCUGGUUGCCAAAAAGGUGGCAUACCUGGUGGAAGGGGGGGGGCGAUCUCCAAAGAAGAGUAUACCCCCACUGCUCGGGCCUGUAGGGGGGCUGUUAGGAAAGCUAAGGCAGACAUAGAGCUAGGACUAGCAUCCAAGAUCAAAGAUAAUAAAAAGUCCUUUUUCAAAUAUAUAGGGAGGAUGAAGAAGGCACCGGGAAAUGUGGGGCCCCUGCAACAUACGCUGGGCAAUCUGGUGGUUGCGCCAGAGGAGAAGGCAGACCUCUUUAACAAAUUCUUCACCUCUGUUUUCUUGUGCAGGGACCGGGACUCCCCCACCGUGAUUCAAGACGGACUCGAGGGGAACUCCUCCAGACCUAAGGUUGAUGAGGACUGGGUUAGAGUGCUUCUGGAGGGGCUGGACAUGUUCAAAUCAGCAGGUCCAGAUGCUCUCCACCCCAGGGUGUUGAGGGAGCUAGCAGGGGUUAUUGCAGGGCCCUUGGCAUGGCUUCACGAGCGCUCGUGGUGCUCGGGCCAGGUGCCAGAUGAUUGGAAGAUGGCCAAUGUGGUCCCCAUCUUUAAAAAAGGGAGGAGGGAGGACCCGGGCAACUAUAGGCCCGUCAGUCUUACCUCAAUCCUGGGGAAACUCUUUGAGAAGAUCAUCAAGGAGCACAUCUGUGAUGGGCCGGCAUCGGGGAUGAUGCUCAAGGGCAACCAGCACAGUUUCAUUAGAGGCAGGUCAUGUCAUACCAACCUGAUUGCCUUUUACGAUCAGGUCACAAAAGCAUUGGAUGCAGGUGUCGCCGUAGAUGUAGUCUUUCUGGACUUCAGCAAGGCCUUUGACACUGUCUCCCACCCCAUCCUCAUUAAAAAAACUAGGCAACUGUGGCAUUGAUGCCUACACAGUCAGAUCGAGUGCAAAUUGGCUGAAGGGUCGUACUCAGAGGGUAGUGGUGGACGGGUCAUAUUCAACCUGGGCGGAAGUGGGCAGCGGAGUCCCCCAGGGCUCGGUCCUCGGGCCCGCACUGUUCAAUUUCUUUAUCAGUGAUUUGGACGACGGGGUGAAAAGCAACCUGUUCAAAUUUGCUGAUGAUACCAAAAUUUGGGGUGAGGUGGACACGUUAGUAGGGAGGGAAAGACUGCAGCAAGACCUGGGUAGGUUGCAGGGGUGGGCUAAGAAAAACAGGAUGUGUUUCAAUACUGACAAGUGCAGGGUGCUGCACUUGGGCAGUAGUAACCGGCAGCACACUUAUAAGAUGGGAAACUGCCUUCUUGAGAGCACGGAGGCAGAAAGGGAUCUUGGAGUCAUCAUUGACUCCAAGAUGAACAUGGGCCGACAAUGUGAGGUCACGGUCAGCAGGGCUAACCGGACCCUAUCGUGCAUCCACAGGUACAUCUCAAGUAGGUCCAAGGAGGUGAUCCUCCCGCUCUACGCAACACUAGUCAGGCCACAGCUGGAGUACUGUGUCCAGUUCUGGGCACCCCACUUCAAGAGGGAUGUGGACAACAUAGAGAGGGUCCAGAGGAGGGCCACCCACAUGAUCCGGGGACAACAGGGCAGACCCUACAAUGAGAGGCUAAGGGACCUGAACCUGUUCAGCCUUCUCAAGAGAAGGCUGAGGGGGGACCUGGUGACUGUCUAUAAACUCACUAGGGGGGACCCGAAGGGUUUGGGGGGACCUUGUUUCCCUUAGCGCCCCCCGGGAUAACAAGGAAUAACGGCCACAAGUUGUUGGAGAGUAGGUUUAGAUUAGACAUCUGUAGGAACUACUUCACAGUCAGGGCGGCCAGGAUCUGGAACCAACUUCCAAGGGAAGUGGUGCUGGCUCCUACCCUGGGGGUCUUUAAGAAGUGGCUUGAUGCCUACCUGGCUGGGGUCAUUUGAGCCCAGUUUUCUUCCUGUCCAGGCAGGGGGUUGGACUUGAAGAUCUACAAGGUCCCUUCCGACCCUACUUCUAUGAUUUUGUGUUAACCUAAGGUCCUACAGUAUCAGAAUGGUCUCUGAUGCCUUAACAUCUGUGUCGCUGAAAUUUCCUCUGCUAGAUGAGUGCUUUCCCCUUUCUCCCACAGCACUGUAUUUCAUCAGGAUCAUUACCUAAUAGCAUUCUGCUGAGUUUAGCACUGAAUCAAACAUCCAUUUUUGGACACAUGUGUCUCCUUUUAGCCUAAUCCUGUCAGGGAUGAAUUUUAAUAUUUAUACUGGGAAGUGAAUUUAUACAUCCAGGGCUUCUGAAAGUAAUCUAGAAGAAAUAUUACAAUUGGUUUUAACCAUUUUGGACUCUUGAUGUUGAAAAAAGGUUAGGCCCAGGGCAUAUUUUGUGUAUUAAAUACAAUUCUUUCAUUCAGUAUCCAGAUUUUUCCUAAAAGUCUCAUUAGGUGACUGGAGGCCUUAGAGAUGACAAGGAACCUCAGCAGAGGAAACCUUUCUAUUGCUGGAUUUAAACUCCUUUUAUUUUUUACCAGUCACCAUGGUAUUAACGUGAUGUGGUGGAGACAGAAAGGGGUUUUUUUAAUUUAUAAUCAUUUUAAAUAUUUAUAACAUUUCUGAAACACUUAUUGAAUCUGAAACAGCUGGAGGAAAAGAUCUGUUUCUUCAAAAGCCACCAUUUGCAUCUUCCCAGGCAAUAAGAAAAAAACCCUUAAUUUACCUUACAGUCAUCCAGCCAAUCUGCCUGCAUCCCCCUUCACCCCACAAUCACGGAGUGAUAAGACUGAAUAACCCCGAUGUUUCUAGAGCUGAGAAAAAAGGGUAUGGGGGGAAAGCAGCUAGGAAUAAUCUUCCUCCAAAGAUAGCCUCUGCUAGUUUAAGGGCAGGAGAUGCAGUCAGACCCUCAAAGAUGUAGGGGAUCUAGCACACAUUCCCUGAAGCCCCAUGCUGGGAAGAAAAAUGGCUCAUGGCCUGCGGGAUUGAUUCUGUAUCUGGGUGUGGAAAAGCAUCCUAUGGAAAGGGGAGUUGUUCUGAGAAGCAGGUUUGAUUGGGGAAAGUGGCUGAGAUUGGGUUUGAACUUAGGUGGACAGCUAGACGAUUAGAAGCAGGAUGGAGGCUGGAGGUAGGGGGUGUGAAUUGGCGUGUACAAGAGACCCUUGCCAUUCACGGAUUUGUGAUUCGCAGUUUCGAAUAUUCGCAGUGCGCCAUGCCAACCCACGCUUUCUCCCCGUGCAGCGUGAUGACACUGUUACUGCGCUCUCAUGAUACUUUUACAUUUAGUACGUUGCAGUAUUUCAGCAUUAAUCCAUACCCUUAAUCAUGGCACCUAAAAGAAAAGCGAAUGAUAGUGCAGCGAGUGCAGCGAGGAUCCAGCCUAUUUAUCCUAAUCUACUAUCAGUACAGCACAGUAUUCACAAAUUUCCCCAUUCACGGGGAUCUCUAGAACAUAUCCCCUGUGAAUGGCAAUGGUCUCUUGUAUCAGCAUUAGGGUAGAGUGGAGACAGAUUGCUUUAGCACAGAAGCAGUUGUAGUAGAGGGGUGUGGGCAUGGGGGUGAGACAAAGUCCAUGCAGUAGUGCACAAACCCAAGGUACUAGUUGAAUCUGAAAAUGUUUAUUUCUCAGUCCUUUUAUUUUCCAAGAUCAAUGAAGGAGCAGAGUUGUUGAAUGUGGGAUCAGCAGACUGUGAAAUUUUAACGCAAAACUGAUGCUAAUAAUCAUAAAUGAAUCACAACCCACCAUCAUAUUGGCCAAGAGCAUGAAAAUCACCAUUGCAACAUUUAUCAAGCACCUGCCAACCCAGCAGCUGAAACUACUUCCCCAGGGUAAAUAAUUGCAGUCCCCAGGCACUGACCCAACACACAAGAGAUUCAAUGUCCAGCAAAGAGACAGAGCUGCCAGCCCAUGUGGGUAUGACAAGAUUACAUUAUUGCCCGGGUCCUAGGGGUACAGCUGGGUAAAAACAGAUUAAUUUACAAGGUUUACUUGAAUGUCUCUCUGUUCAUUUCCUUCCCCAUUUUACAGCAAAAGUAUUGUUCCUCUGCUAAAGCUUACUGCUGCUUCCCACUAACUUAAUUUAGGCUAACCCUGAUUUUUGUUUGGCCUCUUUAGGGGAUAAAUAGUGAACUACCAGUGGCAAGGUUUCCUCAUAUCAGAGCCUUGUAUUAUGGUCGUAGUGCAUGCAUCCAAUUUUUUGCUGCUUUUUCUUACGCUGCGUAGCAACACCUGCAAACCACUUCAAUCCGCGCAGCACCUCCCUGAGCGAAGACAACCUCCCCAACCUUACCAGGAGCCCAGCGGCUACAGAGAAAAGCUGCAACAGUACCAAAGCCACCACACAAGUCAAUGACCGACAAGUCAUCAUCCAGUCUGAGCCAUCCUCCACAGCCACGUCAGCCUCUGCACAGAGGAGCAGCCUGAGAAACCUCAUGGGUGAAGACCUUGAACAUCUUCUUCCAUCCCUGUCUUGCAAAGGGCUGGGGAAAGACCAGGAGCCACAAGUUUGUGGUCCUCAGGUUGCCAAGUGGAGGAUGCUCUUGUAUGGAUGGCAUUUGUGACCUCUGCCUCAGGGCUUUGGCCAGUCACCGUUUGGGGCCAGGAAGGAAGCUCUCCCUCCCCGUCCAUCCACAGAACUAAACUCUGUGAGCUCCUGAGGCAGCUCUCGGAGACCAUAAAAACUAGAGAGGCGGUAGUCAUGGGGGACCUAAACUUCCCAGACAUCUGCUGGGAGACACAGACAGCAAAGUCCCACUGUUCACGCAGGUUUCUAACCUGUGUACAGGGCCUCCACCUGACACAGGAGGUACACGGUCCCACUAGGGGGAAUGCCUUCCUGGAUCUGGUAUUGGCAAUGGGGGAUGACAUGGUAGGGGACCUACAGAUUGGUGGCCAUCUGGGGGACAGUGAUCACCUAAUAAUAGAAUUCUUCAUAAAACGUCGAGUGGGUAAGGUAACUAGUAGGGUGAAAGUGCUAGACUUUAGGAAAGCUGACUUCAAUGAACUCAGGCGAUUAGUCAAGGACACACUGCAGAGUAGGAGUUUUGAAGUGAUGGGAGCCCAAGAAGGGUGGCUGUGCCUAAAGGAAAUGAUCCUUCGGGCACAAAGCGAGACGAUCCCGAUGUGAGGAAAAAGAGAGAAAGGGAAGCAAAUUGGAAUCCCAGGCGCGUGGACAGAGGCCCGGGGGACAUGGCGGUGCCGCGGGGGGCUGCGGUGCUGGGUGCGGGUGACGGAGUUGGUCCCCGGGCGUUGCCGCGGCAGCGUUCAUAUCAUCGCGGCGCCGCGGGAUUCCAGGCAGUUGCCGGCGGAGGCUGGAGCGGUGCUGCCGGGUGCCCGGGGUCUGCACAGACGGUAAUCAUCAGGCGCUGUUUGGAGAUUGACAACAGAACUGGUUUCGUGGAGGAUUUUGCUCUGCGAUCUCUCAGCCCGGAGUGAGCAGGUCAGGAUCGGUCUUUGGGCAACGCUGCUGGAGGCACCGGCAGGGGUCGAGCUGGGAGGGGAGCGAGGGGCUCUUGCGGUUUCAGGCCUGUGGCCCGUGUCUGGAGAAAACGUGAAUCAUCAAGACGGAGCUGACAGGACCCUGCCCUUGGCAUGAGGGGCUGAGUAACGCUCCCUGCAGUCAUGUGUGUAAGACGCAGAAGCUGGGCAUGCUCUAGAUGCCACCCCGUGCCAAGGCCGUGAUAACAAAUGUUUCUCCUUUAACGCUGCAUGUUUUAUCUCCAAUUCAGAACAUCUUUUCUAGUGCUGGUGUUGCACCUCUUCCCAAAGCUACCCGGGACAGGGCUCCCUUUCCCACCAGGACGGCUGGAGCACGGUGCACAGCCAGUGUGGACUGGACCUCAGUUACAAUCCACUUAAAGCCACCUGUCUUGAUGGCGCAGAGCAGGACACUUGGUCUUUCCUGGGUACCAACAUACAUGGAGUAAAGCUGCAGGCACAAGCCAGUAGCGCCUGUGAUGUGGAACAAGGCCAGCGCAGGGUGGCAGGAGUUUCUGUUGGAUGGCAGGAAAGGACCAGGAAGGGAAGAUAAGGGAAGAAGAGGGGUCCUGGCAUGGGCAAACAGAGAGGGGAAGGGGCAGGAGGGAAGAGAGGUGUAGUUUUGUUUUGGGGGAAGAGGCGGUGCACGAGGAUGGCUUCCAACAGGAUGGCAUAGUCCCUUUCAGGGGUAGGUGUCCCCCCAUCGACGGCAGCGACUGCAGCUUGAGGCAGCGAGGGACAUCCAUCGGAGGAGAGGCAGGAGACCUAAGUCCCAGAGCCAGAAGGAGGAGUGCGGCGUCACCAGGGCCCGUGAGCACCCGCCCAGCAGCGCUCCAUCCCCCGGGGCAGGAUGGACAGGCUGCGGCGAGUGCUGAGGAGGAGGUCGGCCAAGGUGCUCUCCAUGGGAGAAGAGAGCAGCAGGGAGCCUGGACAGGAGGAUCGGGGCCCCACCUGCCGUGACGAGGAGGGGCCCAUCAGGGCAAGGACGUGGCUGUGCCCUAUCUGCUGCCAAAGAAAACUGGCAGCUCCCAGCGGCAGGGAAAAGGAGGCAAAGAAAUCAGCCACCUCCAAGUCCAGAUGGAGGUGGCCGUGGGUGCGCCUGGGCAGGCGGGAGCCAGCACCAUCUCAGUGCCAGGCUCCCGAGGAACCGUGCAGCUCCCCUCCUGGGUCAUCGGGCAGCCUGGAGCCCAGCCCUGCAGCCCCGCAGCAGGAGGCAGCCCCGUGCCGAGCCGGGGAUGAGGGCCCAGCCGCCCUGGGGCAGGAGCUGAGCCAGGCCCACAGCAGCCGCUGCCUGAGCCGCAGCUCCUCCUGGGAUGACUGGCACACAUCCCAGGAGUCCGGGAGCACCAGCCCCAGCACCACCACCUCCUCCUCCUCCUCGGACCCUGAAAACUCCCUGGAGGCCCAAAGCACGAGCACGAGCAGCAGCUCCUCCUCAGAGGACACCGAUAGCUCGGAGGAGUCCAACACCACCACGUCGACCAGCAGCUCCUCCUCGGAGGACUCCAGUAGCUCCCUGGAGUCUGGGACCAGCCCGGCCCCCGUUGCCACCCGCACAGUGAUUCCCAGCCCGGCCGGCGAGGAGCUGGAGGAAGAGGAGGAGGAUGAAGAGGAGGAGGAGGAGGAAAAUGGAAGGUCCCCGGAAGAAGCUGCCCUCCUCCUUGUGAAGAAACACCUGCAGGACCCAGGGGAGAUGCUGGACGGGAAGGACAGGCAGCGCUUCCUGCUGGCCAUCAUUAGCCUGACCAUUGCUGCGGACCAGAGCAGAGAGGUGGCUGUGGAGCUGGAGGACCUCAAAGUGGCCAUGGUGGAGAGGAUCGUGGACCUGAUGGAGACCAUCUCAGUGGAGGCCGACCGAAAACACAUCCUGGCGUACAGCAUAGACGCCAUCCGCUGCCUCAGCGACCCGAAGCUCAGCCUGGAGCCAGUGCUGGAGUUGCGCCUCCUGCGGGCCGCCAUUGAGAAGAGCUUCCUGGCCAUACGGCGUGAGACCCAUCGCAACCAGGUCAUGCAGCGACUGUACGAGGAGUACCUGGAGGGCCUGCUGUGCUGCGUCUUGUCCAGCGCCCCCAGCCUGGGCAAGCUCUACUCCAUCUGGGAGCACCUUACAUCAUGGAUUGAGGCGCCGGAUGCCCAGCACCGUGCACUGGGCAUGAAGAUCAUGACCGGUGCCAUUGCCUUUGUUGUGCAGCUCCUCCCACAAUUUGAGGGCUCCCCUGACAUACCGGAAGUGGGGGACAUGGCAGCCCGCCUGGGUCUGUCCAUCAAUGACCCGGAGGAGACCAUCAGCUGCAAGGCCAGGGCGUGCAUGUAUUUGCUCGCUCAAAUCCUCCUUCAUCAGAGGGGCCAAGACAUGCGAGGGGCAGAGGAGCUAUGGUGCAAGCGCCAAAACAAGCAGAGCCAGGUCCAGAAGUACAGGGACCUGGCGAGAGUGGGAGAGGGGCUGAGAAACAUCUUGCUGGAGGAGCAAAGGAGAGCUUUCCUGCAGAGGGCCCUUCAUGCAGUUCACAAUGGACCGAUGCACAUCAGCCAAGCUGGGCUAAUCUUUCUGUAUGCCAUCCUGGGGGAAGCCGGCCGCUUGAUGGGGCACAAGGAGAAAGAAAUCCCCAUCAGGGUCGUGAACAAGCUGUUUAUCAUCACUGGCUUGAAGGAGCUGCCUAAAGAUCUGCAAGGGCACAGCCUGCUGGUCACCUCCUCCAGCGCCCUCGCCUCUCUCCAGCCGCCCACGCUUGCUCCUGCAGCGACACCUGCAGACCAUCUCCACCCUGACAGCCCCUCCAUGAGUGAAGACGACCUCCCCAACCUCACCGGGAGCCCAGCGGCUACAUAGAAAAGCUGAAACAGCGCCGAAGCCACCACACACGUCACCGACUGACAAGUCGUCAUCCAGUCCGAGCCGUCCUCCACAGACAAGUCAGCGUCUGCAAGAGAAGCAGCCUGAGAAACCCUCAUGGUGAAGAACUUGAACAUCUUCUUCCAGCCCAGGUUGCCAAGUGGAGGACGCUCUUGUUGUGUGGAUGGCAUUUUGUGACCCGUGCCUCAGGGCUUUGGCUGGUCGCCAUUUGGGGCCAGGAAGGAAUUUUUUCCCCCUUCAUUUAUGGAACCAACUUCUGGGGGUUUUUCGCCUUCCUCUGAGGCAUCGGGACAUAGUCAGACCAUCCCGGCGUCUGUUCUGUUAGUAGCCUGCCUUUGAAUCCAUCGAGGGCCAUUCAGGGAGAGAAGAGAGCAAAGGCAUAAACAAUGUGCACUGUUAAACAUAGAUUUAGUGUAAUAUGUAAUGUUGAACAUAGAUGUUAUAGAACUUAAGAGUAGAUGUAAGAUAAUAAAGUUAAGCUUUAGUUUUCUUUUCUUAUAA